UUCCUCGUCUCGUGGUGGCGUGCGUGGCCACUCACUCUCAGACUUUAAUGAAUCCAUGAACCCUCUCGCUAUGAUCGAUUCAACAACGGCCUGUGUUGUGAACGAUAUAGUCUGCGAUUCAGACGAUUACGACCCGCCCCAUUCAUUUUCCCACCCUCUUGCUUUAACCUAAUCUCAUUCUUUUCCAAAGCAAAAGCAUUUGAGGAUUGAAGACUGAAUCAUUGUGAAAAUGAAGCUACUUGAGCUCCUAUAAGCAUUGAUUAAUUGCAAGAUGGCCCUUUGAGCAAGAUUUACUCUCUGAAAGAAAACAAGUUGUGUGUGCUAUGGCACUAGCACAUAUAACGUGUACAUCCAUGACUUUCACAUCUUUAGAAGCCCAGAUUUUGAGCAAUGGAAAAUGUUCGAUUGAAGGUGCCUUAACGAAGUUGAAUCCUUCCUGGUGCUGGAAUUAAUCUCCCUUAUUAUCACAUUGUGCAAAAUGGCUUUUCAGUCACUCUUUUCCAAGUAUAAAAUCUUACCCUCUUUCUUUUGCACUCUUGUCCAACACAAGCCCAGCUACCAUCACUUCCACUCUUUCCCAACCCCACAAGUCUCAGGGCCAUUAUUACCUGACCUUGUGAAUGAGAUAUCUCGUCUACUCAGUGAUCACCGAUACCCUCACCAUGAUCUAGAACUUUCUCUCAAUCCAUUUUCAGCACAAAUAUCUACAAAUUUGGUUGACCAGGUGUUGAAGAGGUGCAAUAAUCUCGGCUUCUCAGCCCACAGGUUCUUUCUUUGGGCUAAAUCAAUUCCAGGUUUUCAGCACAGUGUUAUGAGCUUCCACAUUUUGGUGGAAAUUUUGGGAAGUUGUAAACAAUUUGCCAUACUCUGGGAUUUUCUCAUAGAAAUGAGAGGGUCUUGUCAUUAUGAAAUCAACAGUGAAAUUUUCUGGCUCAUUUUCAGGGCAUAUAGCCAAGCUAAUUUACCCGAUGGUGCAAUUCAGUCUUUCAAUAGAAUGGAUGAGUUUGGAAUUAAGCCAACUAUUAACGAUUUUGAUAAGCUUUUGUUCAUUUUAUGCAAAACGAAGCACGUCAAGCAGGCUCAACAAUUUUUUGAUCAAGCUAAGAAUCGUUUCUUGUUAACUGCUAAAACUUACAGCAUUUUGAUAAGUGGAUGGGGUGAUAUUGGUGAUUCAGAGAAAGCCCAUGAGCUGUUUCAAGCAAUGCUUGAACAAGGAUGUCCAGUGGAUUUGCUUGCAUAUAAUAAUUUGUUACAAGCUCUUUGCAAAGGAGGUUGUGUGGAUGAAGCUAAAACUAUUUUUCAUGAUAUGUUGUCAAAAAGAGUUGAGCCAGAUGCUUUUACUUAUUCAAUAUUCAUUCACUCAUACUGUGAUGCAGAUGAUGUGCAAUCAGCUCUCAGGGUUCUUGAUAAAAUGAGAAGGUACAACAUUUUGCCUAAUGUAUUUACAUACAAUUGUAUUAUAAAACGACUUUGUAAGAAUGAACAUGUGGAAGAAGCUUAUCUGUUGUUGGAUGAAAUGAUUUCAAGAGGAGUAAGACCCGACACUUGGAGUUAUAAUGCAAUACAAGCUUACCAUUGUGAUCAUUGUGAGGUCAAUAGAGCCAUAAGGUUAAUGUUUAGAAUGGAAAAAGACAACUGUCUUCCUGAUCGCCAUACCUAUAACAUGGUGCUCAAAUUGCUGAUUAGGAUAGGAAGGUUUGAUAAGGUAACUAAAGUUUGGGGGAACAUGGGGGACAAAAAGUUUUAUCCUUCUGUCUCAACAUAUUCUGUCAUGAUCCAUGGUUUUUGUAAGAAGAAGGGAAAGCUAGAGGAGGCAUGUAAGUAUUUUGAAAUGAUGAUUGAUGAAGGAAUACCACCAUAUGUUACUACUGUUGAGAUGCUGAGGAAUCAGCUCUUGGGUUUAGGGUUUUUAGAUCACAUUGAAAUACUGGCUGCUAAAAUGAGGCAAAGCACUUCCUAUGCAAUUCAAGAAUUGGCAAAUAUUAUGAUUGGCAAUAGAACAACUCAUAAUACUUUGAGACGCGAUGAGAUGGACAUAGAAAGUGACUGAGGAAGUGACUAUUUGUUUCUCGUAAUACUUUCCCAUUAAGCUAUUUUGACAAAUAUGUGGAGGCAACCAUUUCAUUUCAGCAAAGCACAUAAAGAAGAUGCUAUAUCUGUGGGCUAUGGUUUUAAUUGACGCAUUUUAAGGUGCUGAAUAUUAUUAUAAUUCUUUGAUGUAGCCUGUAUGACAUAUUUCAGAUGGAAGGUAAUCUAAAGUUUAAACCUCUGGAAAAUUUUCAUGGAGCAGCUCAGUUUCUGUAUCGUGAAGAAAUGAUGGCCAUGCUGGUUCAGGUUACAAGUUUUAUAGCCUGGGGAGUCAUUUCUUACAGGAUAUAUAUCUUGUCCUACAGGCUGCAGUAUUGUUUGAGUGGCAUGCCUCCGACAAAUUUCAUUUCGUAGACACCUAUCAUUGCCACAGAUGGGUUUUGAUUAUAAUCAGUAUAGAAGUGACUGCUUUGUUUCAUUUAUUUAAACAUAAAACAGGUAAAGUUGUCUCAACCAUGGUAGUUGAAUUGGGAUUCAAAUCGUGAAUCGAAUCGUAUUGUGAAGAGUGCACACCAAGUUGGCAACCUGUUUCUGUUCAUAUUGGAGAAUUGAAGUUAUUCCUGAUGAAAUCGUAAACCCAAAAAAGGUUUGGGAAACUUGGCAAGUGCAUCUGCACACCAACGAAAGAACUUACAUGAUACAAAGAUUCCUUUAACCUCAAUAGCAGGCAUUUGUAAGGUUUCAUCCUUACACUAAGGCAGUCAGACAUCAAAGGUUUGGGGUUAAAAGAGAAGAAACCAAAAAUGAUAUGGUCUUAUUUUUCACGUUGACCAUAAGUGUACAAUUAACAUUAUUCUAUUAACUUUAAGUUUUCUCAUUGCUGUUGGACUUUGGAUGAAUUGGAGCCAAAUUGUUGGCAUUAUUGGUUAAAUUUGAAUUCAGUCUCUACGUUUUCUUCACGUUCUUCGAAAGGGUCACCGUCGCUUCAAGUCGUUACAUCGACAGUAACAAUGAAUGAGCAGAUUGAUUUGAUGGAAUACAGAGGUUGAUUAAUUGAAGUCAAUGCGCGAUAAUUUUAUCAGAAAUUCAGAACUGUACCAUUUGGCCAUUCUGUUUAAUGUAGCGUGCUGAAAACCUUCAAUUGUCUUUCACAUAAUAAAAACGUCUCAUGUUUUACUUCA